CUGCAUUAUCUGACAAUUGAGAUUAUUUAAACGGCCCGGAAUAGUUUAAUUUAAAUAGUCAUUCAAUAAUGAUUCAACGAAAAGUGCUUAGAUCUGAAAUCAGUUCACUGACUCAUACUUCUUUCUUUUAACUUAUUAUUUAUACGUCUUUGGGUUUGAUAUACAACAAAUGCAAACAAGGAUUUUGAAUCGUGGUAUUCUGAUAUUUACAGUUUAACUGCUAUAUAAUGAACUUGGGUUCAUAGCUGCAAUAUUUUAUUUAAUAUACUUUUUUUUAUUAAUGAUCAAUUACCUUUUCAUCUAAUGGAUAAAGAAUUAUCAGAAAAAGAGUUUUUGAAUAUUAAAAAACAGAUCUUGGGAAGUCCUGAUUCCAGCAAAAAAGGAAAUUUUGACUCUGCUAUAGUAGAUCUCAUCAAUCUUUUAAAUAAUGAAAGAGAUUAUGUCACUACUAGUUCAUGUUCUGGAAGGACAGUUUUAAUAUCUGUUAAUGCUGAUAACAAAAAAAACGAAUGUGAAACUUGGUAUGAAACUCAUGAGUUUGCCAAUGAGAAGGAUUUAACAAGCACACUUCAGAAUGCUAAUGGAUACCUAUUUUUUAAAUUUGAACCUUUUGUGCUUCAUAUACAAUGUAGAACACUUAUUGGUGCUAAGAAAUUGUUUGAUGUAGUUCGAAAUUCAGGCUAUAAAGAUUCAGGCCUUGUGAUUGGUAAACACGGUAAAAUAAUUCUGGCCAUUAGAAACAAGAAUAAUUUGGAGAUACCUAUAUCUAAUGGAGAGGAGAUAAUUGUAACGAAUUCGUAUCUAAAGUACUGUAUUGACCUUGCGAACAAGAAGAUGACCAGAAACUUAGAACAAAUUGAUAAAUUUCAAAAUGCUGUAUCAUUAUACUUUCAUUCUGUCAAAAAUGAGAACAGUUAAAGCUUGUUAUAAAUAUAAAUAUUUUUAAAGGGCAGAACAAUUGUAUGUGAGAAGGAAAGUGAAAUAAAAUUUCUGUAGAAGAUUCUAUUUUAUAAUAUCCACUUCAAAUCACCUUACUGAUUACUGCUGCUCACAGUCAUUUUAUUGGUGUGGUUAUCUCACCUUGAUCAAAUUCUGUACAUGCUUUCAUCAGCUCUCAUAAGGUCCCUUAAAAUGUCUAACCGUCCAAAAGUAUUCAUUUCUAGAUCAGAUUAUCCAGAAGCUGGUAUUAAAUUACUCAGAGAUAGGUGCGAGAUUGAAGUUUACAAUUCCUUGGAGAAAGAUGUUCCUACUAAUGAAUUAUUAAACAAGUUGGUUGGGAAAGAUGCAUUAUUUAUAACUUCAAAAAAUAAAAUAAAUAAAGAGGUCGUUGAAGCUGCUGGUAAAAAUGGAGUGAAAGUAAUUGCUACAAUGUCAGUUGGGCUUGACCACAUUGACUUGGAAGCAAUUAAAAGAACUUCUAUAAAAAUAGGCUAUACACCUGAUGUUUUGACAGAAGCAACUGCUGAACUCACUGUUGCUUUGUUAUUGGCUACAUCAAGACGCAUUGUUGAAGGACACAAGACAAUUGUUAGUGGUGAAUGGAAAAUGUGGACUCCUACAUUCAUGUGCGGUCAAGGCCUUUACAAAUCAAUCGUUGGAUUUGUGGGAUUUGGUCGAAUUGGACAAUCUAUAGCUAAAAAACUCAUACCAUUCGGAACAUCUAAAAUUCUUUAUUCAGGCCCCAGAAGAAAACAUGAAGGUGAUCAAUUAGGGGCAGAAUUCAUAGACUUUGAUAGUUUACUUCAGCAAAGUGAUUUUGUCAUUGUUACAUGCCCUUUGACAUCUGAAACUGAAGGUAUUUUUACAGCUGAGAAAUUUUCAUUGAUGAAGCGUUCAGCAAUUUUUAUAAACUCAGCUAGAGGAGCAAUAGUCGAUCAAGAAUCUCUUGUACAUGCCCUCAAGAAUAAAAUUAUUGCUGCUGCUGGUUUAGAUGUAAUGACUCCUGAACCUUUACCUAAAGACCAUCCUCUUGUAAGCCUUGAUAAUUGUGUUCUCACCCCACAUAUUGGAAGUGCUACUUUGGAAACUAGGGAUGAAAUGUGCAUAUUAACUGCUAAAAAUAUCCUUGCAGCACUGGAUGGUGAAAAAAUGCCUGCUGAAUAUAUUUUGUAAAUAAAUGUUGUUGUUAUUUAUAUAUUCAUUUAAAAUUAAAAUAAAAGAGAUUAUGGUUUCAAAAAUUAUUCGAGUCUUAUAUUUUGUUCAUAAAUUUUGAUUUUAGUAAAAUUAUUUAAUUUUUAUUUACAUGACCAUUGGAUAAUAGAAUAUUUAAAACCUUUAAGUAUAUGCAUUUUAAUUAUUUUAUUUUGUCUUUUUGUUUGUACUUCUGAAAAGUUUUAUUUUGGUAUUGUAUUUUAUUUUAUGUUUUUUUAAUACUAAAUAUAAAAACCUGAAGGUUUAUA